AUGUUUAUGCCUGGUGCUGCCACUGCGUCUUCCUUGGUGCAGAGAGACUCAUCAUGCAAUACUCCAGACAAUCGGGCGUGCUGGACAGAUGGUUUCAACAUCACGACUGACUGGGAGAAGGAGGUGCCAUACACCGGCCGUACCGUUCAUUAUACGCUUGUCCUUGAGCAGUAUGACAUAAUUGGCCCGGAUGGUGUUCCCAAGCAUGACGCGAUGCUGUUUAAUGAUUGGGGUGACUAUGUCAACGUCACUAUUAUCAACAAGCUUCUGUACAAUGGUACAUCCAUUCACUGGCAUGGCCUACAAAUGGAAGACAACAACAUCAAUGAUGGCGUUGGUGGUGUCACUGAGUGCCCGAUCCCACCGAACGCAACGAAAUCCUACAUGUUUUUGGCCGAACAGUACGGAACUACUUGGUACCACUCUCACUACUCAUCACAAUACGGCAACGGUGUUCUCGGCGCUAUAGUAUUUAAUGGACCGGCAAGUGCCAACUAUGAUGUUGACUUGGGCACCUUUCCCAUCAAUGAUUGGUACUACGAGUCAGCAGACCAGAUCUUGGCCCAAGUACAAGCCCCUGGAGAACAUGGAGGACCGACCAUUCCGCCCCCUGCCGACAACAUUCUCUUCAAUGGUACCAAUGUCAACCCGGCUAAUAUCACCAUGGGAGAGUACGCGAGGGUGGUAUUAACUCCUGGGCUGAAGUACAGGCUUCGGUUGUUUAACCCCAGCGUGAAUUAUGCGUACACAUUCUCUAUCGUAGGACACAACUUCACCGUCAUAGCCACCGAUCUCGUGCCUGUCAACACCACCGACCCAAGCACGACGGUCUCAAGCCUGUUCAUCGCCGUAGGGCAGCGAUUCGAUAUCAUAAUCCAGGGAAAGUCUGAAGAAGAGAUUGCUAGUGACCCCGGUAACGGCAACUACUGGAUUAACGCUACCCAACCCAUCAGUGGAUAUUGUGGGAAUUUCUAUGGAAAGCCUGCAGCCAUCUUGAGCUACGACUACCCGGACGCAACGGACGAACUUCCGAUUGUUGAUGGACCGGUACCAGAAGAUCUACGCUGCGAGGAUACCACCGACUUUCGGCCCGUUGUGGUCCGCGACGUUCCCCCGAGCGAGUUCAGUAUCUCUCCAUAUAACACGCUCCCGGUUCAUCUCAUGCGCGACAUAAAACAAAGCAUAGUUUUCUGGACUAUCGAUAACGUCGCCAUCAACGUCAGUUGGGAGCAGCCUUUGCUGGAAUACAUCCGAGAAGACAGCACCUCGUGGCUUUAUAGUGAGAAUGUGCUGGAAAUUCCUCCCGAGAGCGAGUGGAGCUUUUGGCUCAUUGAGAACGAAUCCAAGAUUCCUCAUCCUAUGCACUUACACGGUCAUGACUUUGUCAUCGUCGGCAGGUCCCCAGCACCCGACGGCCCAAGCCCGUCCGACGCCAUGAUGCCGGUCAGGCAUUUCGACCCUGUCCUUGAUACUUUCUCUCUGAACUUCACGAACCCGGCACGGCGUGAUGUCACUAUGUUGCCCGGUAACGGCUGGCUGAUUGUGGCCUUCCAAAACAACAACCCGGGUGCUUGGUUAUUCCAUUGCCACAUUGCCUGGCAUGUCAGUAUGGGCUUGAGCGUGCAAUUCCUCGAAAGGAAGAACGAAAUCAAGGAAAAGAUGGAUCUGAACUUGCUCGUAGACAACUGCAACGCCUGGCAAAGCUACAUUGAUACCAAUCCUCCUUAUCAGCCAAAGAACGAUUCCGGUGUUUAA